AUGUUUUCUUCAAACACAAAACCGACAAAACCCAUUAUAGUUAAUCUUAAUAUCGGUGACCAAUUGACGUCAAUAUCUUGUGGUCACGUAGUGGUUGAACUUAUAAAGUUUAUCGCUUAUCAACGAUUGCAGAUACCAUACUCUUACCAGUGGCUAAAACAAGUGGUGAAUAAGAGAAAGACAUGUGAAGAAGGAAAUAGAAAUGAAAAUUUACAAUCGGAAAGACAAUUUCGAAUUGCUUCUGCUUCAUUGGAAAACCUUGAUUUUAUUCUAAAGAGUCUUUGUCAAGAGAUUUGCGGCCCAGCAAUUCCAGAGGAAGUAAUCAUAGCACUUGGAGGUACCCCAGUGACGUGGAAGGAAGUAUAUCGACUGUUACUGCCCACACUUUGCCACAAACCUCAGUGCCACUCAGCACAUAUAGCUAAUGAUGAGAAAAUACAGAGAACUGUGUUCAGGACAUUAGUAACAUCAGAAAAAUUGAGUGAAGUAUUCUUCCAUCCAAUACCACCAACUAACACUUACAUUUUAAUUAAGAAGAAAUUAACUGGCAACCAAGAUGUAGUACUAAACACUGACAAUUUUGUGCUUACCAGUGGUUGUCGCAUACCACGAAGCUGUAAAACAGUUGUUGUAGACUUCAGAACUCACCAUGGGAACAAUUUGUCUUGUUGCAACGAAUUUCAAGUAUUUGGAGACAUAAUAAGCCGCAAUUUCGAUGAUCUUCAGAUUGACGAUAAGGAGGAUGAUGAACUCAAUGAAAUAGAAUCAACACACAACAUGAAAUGGUACCAAUCAACCUACAUAAUGAAAGGGUUUAAAGAUUGUUUAGUCAAUGGAACUUCAGUCUCUAAUAUAUGGUUACAAUCUUAAUGACAAUUUUAUGUACCAUUAAUAUGUUAAUACCACUACAUGAAAAUAGUGGCGUAGAGUCGAUUUGCUGCCCCCUUUAUUUUCGCGAUUACAAAAGUAGUUCGUUCGGGCAGGCUCGGCUCGAUUGUGUUUUUAUGUUCGCUUGUCGUCGCAAUCUUUGUUUUGUUCAGGAUAUUGUUUUCUUAAAAAGUGGUAAUUUUUUUUUCUAAUUUUAAGUAAAAAUAAUCAUUUUGACUAGUUAGGUUAAGCCGCGCUCGCCGUCGCCCCCAUUGCUGUGCCGCCCGGGGCUAUACCUCUUCAGCACCCGCCGCGCUACGACACUGCAUGAAAACUUAAACAAUGAAUAAAUGUAGAUAACGUUUAUUACCCUGUGCCUCUACCAUAUUACACAUGAUAAUUGUCACUAGCAACUACGUAAAAUAUUUGCAUGCAAAAUGUUACUUUUCCUUGUGACCGCUAGGGGCGCUAUACAAUUUUUUAUACAAAAGUGAAUGUAAAUAACGCGGUCGCUAGCGACAUCUGUCACUGUAAUAUCAUGGUAGAGGCGCUGUUCAAAUUUCUUACAAUAAUUAUAUUUGACUGUUCUUAAAAGUAAAACUUAUAAGAUAUCUUAAGAUUUUCGUAUAGCAUUUAGUUUUUUUUAAUUUAACUGAGGUUUGAAGAAAGCUAAGUUUAAUCUGGCUCCGCCUCUUUUUAGCUGCCAAUUAACUAAACGCCUAAAUAGGACAUUUUAUGUAGUUAUAUCAUUAUCUGAGUUUUUGUAUCGACUUCUUAGGUUUUCGCGAAUCCUAUUCAUUGGAAGUGAAAUAUAUUUUUUAUUAUGUAAAAAGAAAUAUAUUCGAUUACAAAUCCGGAAAAAAUAUCAUAUUUCCAAAAAUUUGUUUUUCUUUUGUUUGAUUAAUUGACUCUUAAAUCUUAAGAUUUUGAUGUUUUUGUAGUAUUCGCUCAUAGUUUUAGGUGUGGAUUUUACGAAGCUUUUUCUACACUGACGCUCUGGCAACUUUUUAAUGCAUCGUUAACAUGGAAAGGCCUCUUCUUGUGUUGUUUCAACCGGUAUAUGUGUAGUAAGAAUAAAACGUCAUAAAUUGCUCAAUUGUUAUUUUGUUUAAUUCUUUGUUGAAAUACAUUAUACAUAAGUAAUAACAUAGUUUAAGUAGCUAAAUUAAAUAUAUGUUUUUAAUAUUGCAAGUGAAAAAUGAAUUUAAUCUAAGGCUGAAAAUCCGUGCCAUAGAGGUGUAAGUAUAUUGUACUUUUACACAGGUACCUAUAUAGAAGGUUUAAUAAUAUUGUAAUUGUUGAAUAAACCAGAAUAGUAC